AAAUAAAUCAAUUUAUAACAUGAUAAUCAUAUAUGGAAAUGUAAUUUAAAUAGGCUAGUACUCAUUAAAUAUGAGUAAUUUUAUAAUACUUGAAAAAUUCAUUAUUAAAUAGAAUAAUAAUGGGAUGUUGUUGUCGAUCAGAUCAAAUGAAUCAUGAAAGAAAAUAUAAACAGUGGAAUACUUAUACAAUAUCAUGUUAUGAAAAUUGUAGUAAUUGUUGGUAUUGUUUAUGUUGUUGUCCAUUUGUAAUGGCUGAAAUUUAUCAUUAUACUUGGUCAAUACCAUGGUUAAUAGCUUUGAUAUUUUCUAUUCUGUUAUUACCAUUUCAUAUGUUGAUCAUAUUAUUAUUACGUAUGAAAAUUCGACGUAAACAUAAUUUAGAAGGGAAUUGUUUAAAUGAUUUAUGCUGCUUUAUUGGUUGUUGUUGGCCAAUGAUAAUUUGUCAAUUAAGAGAUGAAAUUUUAUAUUUACGAUCAAGAUCUGAAUGGAAAUUAGGUUAUUCAAAUCGAUUGAAUGAUAAACCACCUUGGAUAAAAAUGUUUACGAAAUCAAAAAAAGGAAAGAACAAUGAUGUAGAAAGUUUCAUUAUCAAUAGUGAUAAUGAUGAUGAUGAUGAUGAUGAUGAUGAUGAUGAUGAUGAUGAUGAUGAUGAUGAUGAUGAUGAUGAUGAUGAUGAUGAUGAUGAUGAUGAUGAUGAUGAUGAUGAUGAUGAUGAUGAUGAUGAUGAUGAUGAUGAUGAUGAUGAUGAUGAUGAUGAUGAUGAUGAUGAUGAUGAUGAUGAUGAUGAUGAUGAUGAUGAUGAUGAUGAUGAUGAUGAUGAUGAUGAUGAUGAUGAUGAUGAUGAUGAUGAUGAUGAUGAUGAUGAUGAUGAUGAUGAUGAUGAUGAUGAUGAUGAUGAUGAUGAUGAUGAUGAUGAUGAUGAUGAUGAUGAUGAUGAUGAUGAUGAUGAUGAUGAUGAUGAUGAUGAUGAUGAUGAUGAUGAUGAUGAUGAAAACUGAGCCCACAAGAAAUGACGACAACGAAGAAGACGUAAAACAAAUUAAUAAAAAUGAAUGUGAAGUUGACAGUAAGAUGAAUGAAAAUACACUUUCAACAUCAAAUAUUAUAUACAAACUAUUGUAUGUUUCAAUUUGUGUUUGUAUUCGAUUUCAAUUUGCUAUAUUUGCUAAGUUUUCGUCUGAUAAAUAUUUUUUAUAAAACAGAAAGAUACUAAUCAUGUUUUUCAUGUUAUAGUAAUGAAAAUGUUUUGUUGUUGUUUGUUUGUUUUUUCGUAAUAAUAAAUCAUUUAACAUAAAACCUG